AUGGCUCCAGCAUCACCUGUAUUGCACUCUACUGACGAAGAAAACACCUCGCUUAUCUAUGCUGUACUGCCUCCACUUAUCAAAAAGUCGAUGCCAAAGGUGCCCUCUCUACGCCGUUCCCUGUCGGGUUACAACCGUGCAGCUGCAUUAGUCGGUCACGUUCGAGCCUUGAGCACAGAGAGCCCGAGACCUGGCUCAGCGACCCCUCCACCGCCCUACCAAGAGCCCAUCGCUUCCCUUACUUCCGUCCUGUCUGAUGUUGAUUUUCAAGACACUCCACCAACAUCACCCAGGUCGCUACCCGUAGAUACCGCCAUCUUCGGCAGUGACGAACGAGCGGGUAUCAAAUGGGAGUUUGCACGUCAAGAGUCUUCUCCAAGGCUCAUCAUGUCUGUCUUCCAAUCCGGACUUUAG